AUGUCAAUAGUUGCUCCAGAGAUGAACGCUACAACUAGUCGUGUCAAUGCAGCUGAAAGCCGUGGGAAAGAACAGGGACGUUCGUUAGGUCCUAAAAAGCCCAACUUCAAGAAGAAGGCUGGUAAUAAUUCCCAUUAUCAUAAGGGGAAGAAGAACGUGUUUCCAAAACACAAAGGCAAAAGCUCGCAAAGUCAUUCAAAGCACCAUGAAAGUGUUUGUCACCGUUGUGGUUCACCGGGGCACUGGGCAAAUGUUUGUCGUACUGCAAGGCACCUUGUUGACCUUUAUCAAGCGUCUAUUAAAGGAAAGGAAAAGAAGGCUGAAACCAAUUUUGCGCAAUAUGACAUACCAAUGGAUAUUUCGCAUCUUGAUAUUUCUGACUUCAAGAAUAAUGGAAAUGAGAUUGAAGACAUGGAUUCCUUCCUUAAGGAUGUCUGA